GUCUCAGGCUCAAGGAUAGAAACCAUCGGGCCCCAGAGCCACCCGCACCCCACCGCCGGUCUCUCCCCCACACGCUGGGAUCUGUCCUGCCGGGAAGCACGGCUGAGAGGGCACGGAGCCAUGCUGUCGCACAGCACCAUGGUGAAGCAGAGGAGACAGCAAGCCUCAGCCAUCGUGAAGGAGAUCCACGGACACGAUGUCGAUGGCAUGGACCUGGGCAAAAAGGUCAGCGUCCCCAGAGACAUCAUGUUGGAAGAACUGUCCCAUCUCAGUAACCGCGGGGCCAGGCUAUUUAAGAUGCGGCAGAGACGAUCUGAUAAGUACACGUUUGAAAAUUUCCAGUAUGAAUCAAAAGCACAGAUACACCACAACCGUGCCAUGCAGAACGGGAAACUGGACGGAAGUCCCUUGGAAGGCGGGUCCCAGCAAGCCCCGUUUACUCCUCCCAACACCCCGGAUCCAAGGAGCCCCCCGAAUCCAGAAAACAUCGCACCAGGAUAUUCUGGGCCACUGAAGGAAAUUCCUCCGGAGAGAUUCAACACCACAGCUGUCCCCAAGUACUACCAGUCGCCCUGGGAACAGGCCAUGGGCAGCGAUCCGGAGCUGUUAGAGGCUCUGUACCCUAAGCUGUUCCAGCCCGAAGGCAAGGCAGAGCUGCCUGACUACAGGAGCUUCAACAGAGUUGCCACCCCAUUUGGAGGUUUUGAAAAAGCAUCAAAAAUGGUUAAAUUCAAGGUUCCCGAUUUUGAGCUACUACUUCUAACAGAUUCCAGGUUCAUGGCCUUUGCCAAUCCUCUUUCUGGUAGACGGUCCUUCAACAGGACUCCUAAGGGGUGGGUGUCUGAGAAUAUCCCUAUAGUGGUCACAGCCGAGCCCACAGAGGGUACCACUGUGCCAGAGUCAGAAGACCUAUGAGAAGAAAGUUGUACCAGCCCCAAACCUCUGAACACAAAUGUUGCUGUUUUGUUAUUCCACUCACACUCCUCGUCAGUAGCAACAACUGAAGAGCAAUUUUCUUUUUAUGACAUUUAAUUUCAGCCUCAUCUCAAAUGCUAAUA